AAGAGGAGGUGGAUGAGGAAGAGGGGGGGUGUUUGUUGGAGGUUGCAGUAAAAAGGGUGGAAGGAAAAGAGGAGGUGGAUGAGGAGGAGAACAUGACAGGCAAAACAAACCCCAGCCGUGUGCAGCAUGAGGGCCUGAGGGUGCGGCGGAGAGGCCGGAGGAGGAGACGGAGGAGGUACGGCCAGCUGAGAGAGAUCCAAAGGGAGCAGUAUGUCAGGGAGGUAACCUGCGCCCCGACGGGAGUGAAGGUGCUGCUCCACCUUUAUCACCCCAGCGUGCCCAUGUGUUCCUUGCUGAAUCGCCAUUUCACACAACUGGCCGCCGAAUUCCCCGACACCAAGUUCCUCAUGAUCCUGGCCCAGCAGUGUGUCCCCAACUACCCAGCCAGCCACCUGCCAACCCUGUUCAUGUACGAGUCAGGAUGCAUCCUCAGCUCCCUGAUAGGGGAACAAGCCUGUGGUGGGAGGGACGUGUUGCCAAGCGAGCUGAAGUGGAUGCUGGCCCAGUUGGGAGCGUUUGUGAUUGACAGCUACCAAGACCUAUAUCAUGGGGGCAUGCCCAUCAUUAUGCCAUGUUCUGAACAGGAAGACUACAUUGAUGACCACUCAGAUCCUUAUGACAACAUAGAGACAGAGGCACUGAUUCAUUCAUAAAUGGACUGUUUGUAUGUCACAAAUGGCCCUCUUCCCAGCUUAGUGCACAUUUUAAA